UAUUUUAAUAAGAUAUGUAUUUCAAAAUAUGUGUGAUUAUUUCAAGUGUGUUUCUGUUGUGUCUAUGUGUUAGCGGUUGUUUUGCUUCGGGCUUGGAGUGUUUGUUGGAUGACGUCAUCACAGACCUGUGUCCCAUUCUGUCCAGCACAACAACUAAAAUAAAGGAUUUAUUCAGCCUUUCUUCUCCUGAUGAAGACUGUUUAAUCCCCGCGGAAACGGUCUCAGAUUGUGUUCGCUGCGGGAAAGAACUUUCCAGAGCUGCAGCGAAACGGGCAAACGAGCUCGUCAAAAAUGGCGUCACAUUAGAAUCAUGCUCCCCCGCACUACUUCAUUUCUUCUCACCGAAAAUUCCCAGAGAGCUGAAGAAGUCAAUAGAAGUUUCCAAUGAAUUAGUUACAGCAACGAAACUAAUGCAAAUGAAGUUAUGUACCAGCUCAAAAGUGACCCCAAACACAUUCCUGUCAUAUUUAGAAAACGAAUUAAUUCGGCCGAAGGAUUAUUUUUGCAAGCCCUAUACCAAAAUAUGUCAUUCUUGUGAUAAAUAUAGAAGUAUUGAUGGAACCUGUAACAACUUGGAGCACCCUGGCUGGGGCAGAACUGGAGCACCCUUCAAUAGGAUUGCAACGCCGCGCUAUUCAGACGGUAUAUACGCGAUGCCAACAGCCAAAAGUGGUGGUCCUCUGCCAAAUCCUCGGCUUCUUUCCACAAGGCUGUUCACUGAUAGACCUUUAUCCAGUCGUGUGUUUACUUAUCUAAACAUGCAAUGGGGACAGUUCGUUACUCAUGACCUCGUAUUCCAGGUUAUGGAAACUACAGACGAGGGAGGUAUCCAGUGUUGCCUGGGGAAUGGUGUCGAUGUGCUUCCCCAAGACUUGAGGAAUGACAAAUGUAUUCCCAUCUGCGUCCCCGACAACGACCCGUUCUAUUGUCACUUCGACAUCAAAUGUCUUAACUUUGUCAGGAGCGUCACUACAACUAGAGAUGACUGCAGCAUGGGGUAUGCGGAGCAGAUGAAUACAGUCACAAGUUACCUGGACGGAUCCCCUCUAUACGGAUCAGACUCAAAGCUGGCUGUGAAACUUCGAAAGAAAAGUGGCGGCAGGCUCAAGGAGGAAUCACGAACUAAUUGCAAGAAAGGUUUUCUUCCGACAGUGGAUGAUAAGACGGCUGUGUGUGACCUGAGAAAUAUGUCUGAGCCUUGUUACCAUGCAGGGGAUAGCAGAAUCAACCAGACCCCGACAUUAGCCGUUCUUCAUACAAUACUGUUGCGAGAACACAACCGUAUUGCGGACAUCCUGAGCUCUCUGAACCCGCUGUGGAGUGAUGAGAAACUGUUCCAAGAAGCCAGGAGGAUAGUGAUCGCUGAAAUACAACAUAUUACGUACCAGGAAUGGCUGCCCUUCAAUUUUGGUGAGAACUACAUCCGUUACUACAGAAUAUCACCGACAUCUUUCUACAGCCGAGACUACAGUGAGGAUGUGAAUCCAGGAGUGAUCAACGGCUUUGGAGCCGGCGCGUUCAGAUAUCUACAUACGAUGGUACCGGACUCCCUGAUGAGCUGCCCAGCUGAUUAUCAGGCGGCGUAUUUAUAUAAGCUAAGUGAUCAUUAUUUCAAUCCGAGCCUUGUGGAAACGUCAGACGAGUCAUUCGACGACCUGGUCCGUGGCUUCGUAACCCAACAGGCUGGUGAGUCCGACCCGCACUGUACGGGGGAAAUCACCAACCUGCUGUUCAAGUCGCACAACAAGUGGGGCUUGGAUCUGAUAGCCAUGGACAUUCAGAGAGGGAGGGAUCACGGAAUCGCUUCAUAUAAUGAUUACAGGGAAAUAUGUGGACUUCGAAGAGCGACAUCAUUUCAAGAUUUAUGUAACGAGAUAUCUCAAGAUCGUAUCAACGCACUUUCUAACUUGUACGAGAGUGUGGAUGAUAUUGACUUAUUAGUCGGGGGUGCAAUGGAGACAGACAUUCACGGCUCAAUUCUGGGGCACACGCUGCAGUGCAUAGUGGCUGAGCAGUUCUACCGGACCCGCACUGGAGAUAGGUUCUUUUAUGAUAACAGCGAGAUGCCACAUUCAUUUACACCAGAGCAACUCGCAGAAAUAAAGAAGUCUUCAAUGGCUCGCUUGCUAUGUGACAACACCGACGGGGUCAAAUACAUUCAGCAGAAGGCAUUCGAACUGGAGUCCACGUACAACCCCAAGUACAGAUGUGAUGAUUACGAUCAUAUUCCACGUGUCGACCUCACCGCGUGGAAGCGGCCUAAAUACGAGCUGUAUGACUGAUAAAUAAAUAAAAAAUAACUACUGAUAAACA